AUGGAUUUUCUAUUUGACGCUAAUGGUUUAGAGGGCAAAACCAAUCCUUUAGAAUUGAAGUAUAUGAGAUAUAUGAGGAGGAACAUGAUCUUCAUCGGGGGCUGGCCCGGAGACGGGAAGGACGGCGAGAAGCAUCCAUAUAGACGCGUCUACUUAUGGUGGAACGCGCUUUUGACGAACAACAAUCUGAUAGUCGGCUGCUUGUACAUAAAGAACAACAUGGGGAAGCUGUCUUACUUCGAUUUGUGCCAAACGUACAUCACUGUUCUUCUGACCGUGAUAUGCGUAGCAAGAAGUGUUUCGUUUUUGUCAAAUAAAUACGAUCUGUUGUUUGCUGAUUUCUUAAAGGACCUUCAUCUAAUAAACCGACAGCCCGAUUCAGAAUAUGCCAGGAAGACCAUCGUCCGCGUCCACAAGCUGUCUCAUUUCUUCACUCUGUACACGAUGUUCAACUUUGUAUUGGACGUGCUUUUCUUCCUAAUCCCAUCAACUUACAACAACUUCGCUAAAGGUGGAUUCAACUGGCCCCCGCCCGAAAAUAUUACCUACGAGCAUUCCGUCUAUUACGAGUUACCUUUCGACUAUGAACACAACCUUGGUGGAUACAUUGUUGUGUUAUUGUUUAAUACUUACAUCACAUUAUACUGCGCCAGUAUUUUCCUCUUCUACGAUUUGAUAGUCGCUCUAUUUGUGUUUCAUCUGUGGGGUCAUAUGAAGAUAUUGGCUUAUGACUUUGAGAACUUCCCUCUGCCUGGCUUCAAGACACCUGGACGCAGCGGUGUGUCCCUAACGCAUUAUACGAAGGACGAAAUGGAGGAGAUAGGGUUAAGGUUGCAAGCCGUUAUAAAUCAACACAAAUACGUACUCAGAUACUCCGCAAAAAUUUCGGAUACCGUUGGUGUUAACGUCGCCAUAUAUUACAUAUUCCAUCAACUUAGUGGAUGUCUUCUUCUACUGGAAUGCUCAGCUUUGGAACCAAAACUAUUGAUAAGUUUCGGCGCUUUGACUUUAAAUCUGACUGAGCUAUUGGUACAAACAUCUGUCAUUUUUGAGCUGUUAAGGUCUAUGACCGAGCCACUAAUGCGAGGCGCCUACAACAUCCCAUGGGAGUGUAUGGAUAUCAAGAACAGGAAGCUGGUGCUGAUGCUGCUGAGACAGACUCAGAUACCAAUGGGCCUGAAGGCUAUGGGGAUGGUGGAAGUGGGCGUUCGGACCAUGGCAACGAUUCUCAAGACGACUCUUUCAUAUUACAUGAUGCUCAGAACAUUCACUAAUGAAGGUUAA